AUGAGAUUCAGCUUCCUCACUCUCAUCGCGGCUGCCGCCUCGGCGUCGCCAAUUCAGCCAACUGUUGGUGAAGACGCGGGCAAAGACCUUGCCGGUCGCUCACCGCAGAGCCAGGACGGCGUACCGAUUGUCCCACUCCCAGGCGGCAGCUCAGCUCCCAAGGCAAGCUCGCCUCAGCCCUCGGGCCAAAACUCGACACAGAAGAAGCCGCCUCCAUCCCCGGCGACGGUACCGAACAAGCCCCCUCCGCCGGAGGCCGCGGCCGACGAGGAACCCCCGCCAGUUCAGGGGAUACUGAAUGUCAACGGCAUCGACUUCUGGCUCAUGCUCGACAACAUUGCCAAGGGGCUGCACAGCUUCCAUGACUCUUAG